AGCAGACCAACAUGUACCCCAACUCUCCUUCAGGGUACAGCGGAAGCACGCUCAACCUCACCUCCGGCCCAGGGCUGCAUUUCUCUCUCGCCAACCUCUCCCCUGAACGGGCGGGCGAGUUCCAGUUCCUCCCUGGGGGCACUGGGUUCUCCCCCGUUCCGCCCUAUACGCCGGAGCAGGAUAGCCCUGCUGCGCGUAACCUUUCGGGCUUGGGCAUGACCGGCGAAAGGCUGGGAGAGAGGGAGAGGAUCUCACCGACUAAUAGUAUGACUUAUAGUUCUCAUGGGGUGCCGCCGAUCCCCCAGCUGCAGGGCCAGCCUCAGUCGCAGAGUCAACAGCAGCCGCAACAGCAGCCGCAAAAUCAGUACCAGGCCCAGGCUCAGCCCCAACCUCAAUCGCAGUCCCAGCAGAGCCAGUCGCAGGGAACUCAAGGCCAGUCGCAAGGGCACCAGCAGCAGCAGGGGAAGCUCCUGGAACAGCUUAUGGCUAUAGGGGACUUGAGGCCGUCGGGUACCAUGCCCGGAGGCCCGAGCGGGCCGGGUGGGGGUUACUCACUUUUCGGCGAACAGGUCUCUUCUGCGCUGAAUCAGCAGGGGAGCUAUGCCCCGCCACCCCAGCAGCCGAGCGCCCAGCAGCAACAAGCUACCCAGCAGCAACAACAGCAGCAGAGCGCCCAGCAACAGCCUCAAAGGAGCUUGUUCGACUUCGUCUCCCCCUUCGACGCGCUCUCGCCUGUUAGCAGCGGGCCCAGUUCGAACCUGCCUUCCCAAGUCCCCAUCCAGAGGAAGCCUGUCAGCCAACAGCAGCAGCAGCAGCAGAGGCAGAGCCUCUCCCCCCCUAGUGCAGGGGAGAGCGCUUCUUCCCGCCCCUUGCCUGUGCCCGGACAGCCCACGAAGCGCAUCACGAAAAUCGACAUCACCCUCCCUCCCGGGUCGGAAGCGCACUGGGUCCGCGCUCGCCAGGACAGCGCCUUCAUCACACCUAUCGCCCUGCUCAAACUGGACAGUGUCUACCACCCCGGCACCACUAUUGGCGUGGCGGACUUUAUCGCGUAUGCGAUGACGAAGGGCCGAGUGAGGCUUAUCGACCGCCUGCAGGGGUUUAGGGCGCUCCUCAAGCUCCCCGCGCCUUUCCCGAACAACGCUACCCUCUCAGACAUGUACGUCACCGACACGCGCAUCUGUGCGACCACGAGCGACGGCGGUCUCAUCGUCUGGGAUAUCCCGGCGAUGGAGAGCGAAGACCCGCCCGUGCAUACAAUGCUCGUCGUCCCCGGUCAAGGGGCGAACAGCGCCAUGGCGUUCAAGGCUAUCCGUCCGUACCCGGGCCUGUCGGGCGAAGUCUUUGGCCUCGCAACUGCUAAAGAGGUCUGGAUCGUCUCGGUACAAGAGGCCUGCCGGUCUGCCGGGAGCGCACAUCUCUCUCCCCAGGAACUGAAGAACGUCGCUCGCGUCGUCUCUGUGCCUAGGGAUGCGGAGCUCGCUGCGUUUGCUUUCUCCCCCCUGCCGACCCCUACUACGUCGUCUACCACUCUCCCCCCAGAGCCAACCCUGGCAACCGUGACCACAACCUCGGAAGUCACGUUCUGGAGUUUGGGAGAUAUCGACCCCCGCCCACUAUGGCGUGGCACCGUACCCGGCUCUGGCAAGCCCAGCAGCGCGCACUUCGUCAGCACCGAAGGGCUCGUCCUCGGUCGCAGGCAAGGCACUGUCUUCCAGCUUCUAUCUGGACUUGCGGGCCGCGUGGUCGAAGAAGCGCGGUUUGAUGCCGGCUCUGGCUCGGUAGGCGAGUUUGAGGAAGGCGGGUCCCGCGGGUUCGGGCACGUCGCUUAUGAUUCAAGGCUCGGUGCGCUCUGGGUCGCCAACUCUGUCCGGCCUUCCCUUUUCGCUCUCAGGCCUCUCGUACCCAGUGGUACGGUCCGUCCUACGGGAUUCUACCCUACCCUCGAGUUCCCUCUCCCAGAACCGAUGAUCAACAUCACCCUCGCUACGGACGUUGCGUACCGUGGAGGCGCCUCGGACGGCUCGGAUCGCCAGAGCCCGGUGCACCACGAUAAUGCCGUGACGGCAUUUGCGGUGCAUACUGGAGGGGUGCACCAGGUGCAAGUGGCUCGCGAGAGCUGGGAGGAGACGAUUAGCCGAGGUGAAUCGCUCUCUUCGCUUGAUCUAUCUGGUCCUGGUCCUGUGCCUGCGGCCGCAGGGGCAAGCGAGAGCGAGCACUUGGCUGAGAUCCCUGAUGAGGACGAGCCGGAGGGAGAUCAGGACACGGGAGCCGAGAUGGAGGAACCGGUUAGGAGCAUGCCGAGCGCUCCUGUCCUCCAGCCUGGGGCUAGGGUGCCUAUUGCCACUCGUCAGGAACGCGUCUCUGGCGAGAGCAUCCUUCCCCGUCCGGCUGCGAGCUUGACGAGCAUCACCGGCGUGCCCCUUAUGGCGCAGGUGGACGACUCGGCCGAACAUAGUGGGAGCAGCAGGGGGAUCACGAACCCUGCUCCUCCUGCCAAGAGUAGGAAGGAGAAGGAGCGCGAGAAACACGAGGAGAAGCGCAAGGACGAGUCUGGCAAGGAUAAGGAAAAACAGAAGGACGAGACGCUCCCCGCUGCGCUUGCUAAUGACCCCUUGGGCGCGGCGCUCACCCGAGAGAUGAGACGCGUUGAGGAGAGCUUGCAGUCUGCUGUGACACGUAUCUUGGGAUCGGAGAUGGAGAGGCAACAGAAAACAUUCGACAGCCGGCGUCAGAAGGAUCAAGAGGAUGAGUACAAGCGUCAAGAGACUAUGCUCAAGAUGAUCUCUGUUGAACUCACCAAGAAUACGUCCCGCGUGGUCGAGAAUGCUGUCAAGCAGGAAGUACAGACCACUGUCCUGCCUGCGCUCGAGGCUAUUGCGAAGAGCGAGAUCCGCAACUCCGUCAAUGGACAAAUCGCAAAGGGACUGGGUGACAGUAUGCGCACCACGCUCCCGAAUGAGAUCGAAAAGCUGCUCCUCCGACCGGAUGUGUCGAACCACAUCGCUCGCACUUUCUCUUCAGCGGUGACUCCUCUCGUGGAGAAGAAUGUCAAGGACACGAUCACCCGCUCUUUGCUUCCAGCCUACCAGCAGCAGACACAGAUCAUGCAGCAGGCUCUCAUGCAUGAAAUUCAUACGGAGAUCUUGAAUGUGAAGAAGGAAAUCGUCGGGUGGCAGAGUGAUGUCUUGACGGACGUUCAAACUACCAUGAACUCGCUUGAGCAACAAUUCGUCCAGCUUAGCGAGCAAGUGCGCACUCUGUCCCUUCAAGUCAAGGCACCCAGCAGGAGCCAGGGAGGCACCCCCACGCACACGCCUUCUCACCUGCGUGGCUCUGGGAACUCCAUAAUGGCGAUGGGACCCCCUCCCGCUCUGCCGACUCUGCUUAAUCAGACCGCCCCAAGUUGGCCACUCAUGCAGAAUACGCAGCAGGGUCCCAUGGGACCUCAAUUCCAGCCUGGUCCCGUCUAUCCUCCCGGAAAUAGCCAAUAUGGACCUCCUGCAGGGCCUCCCGGUCCGCCGCAGCAAAUGCCUCAGCCACAGCAAUCACAACAGGCACAGCGCGAGCAGAACAUCCAAAUGCCUCAACCCCAACCGCCUCCCUCCCAGGUUCUGGGUUUCAGGCCGGAGGACUGGGACGAGGCGUUUUUGACCGUGCUGACGAGCGGCGAGACCAGACAGCUCAGGGAGUUGCUCUCUAAGUGCAACGCCGAUAUCAUCAUGCCUGCUAAUGGACAGGGACCGCUGUCUCAAGCAGUCAUCCUUACCAUUGUGACCAGGCUGUCGACAAUGGUGUCAGAAAUGUCGCCGGAAGAUGAGGCUUUCGACUUCACGCUGCGCUGGUUGCAGCGUGCUGCCAUGGCCUUGACACCUUCCGACCGUGUCAUUGCCCCUUAUGUUCAGCGUGUCCUGCCGUCUGUUCAGCAGACGCUCGGUAACCUGAACCAAAGACUGAAUCUGCUCCCUGGUGGUCCAAGGCUGCUGGAAAUCAGUCGCACCCUGAGUCAGAUCCAACAAACGCUUCAGUCGAAGCCGCUCAUUGCUCUGUAACGCAAUGAAUGAAAUGAUUACGAGCCCCCUGAUCCUUUAACGACUUGUUUACGUACAUACAUUCUUUGGAUCGUUUCCUUGUUCCUUGUUCUGCAUGGUAUAUAUUGCUUACCCUCAACGUGAUUUCCAGAUAUGAUUGCUACCCUUACCUGAUGCC